AUGUCUGGAAAGCGGUCAGCCCCUGGAGGUGGUAGCAAGGUUCCUCAGAAAAAAGUAAAACUUGAAGAUGAUGAGGAUGAUGACGAUGAGGACGACGACGAUGAAGAUGAUGAUGAUGAUUUUGAUGAUGAUGAAGCAGAAGAAAAAGCUCCAGUAAAGAAAUCCGUACGAGAUACUCCAGCCAAAAAUGCACAAAAAUCAAAUCAAAAUGGAAAAGACUCAAAACCAUCAACACAAAGACCAAAAGGUCAAGAAUCCUUCAAAAAACAGGAAAAAACUCCUAAAACACCGAAAGGACCUAGUUCUGUAGAAGACAUUAAAGCAAAAAUGCAAGCAAGUAUAGAAAAGGGCGGUUCUCUUCCCAAAGUGGAAGCCAAGUUCAUUAAUUACGUGAAGAAUUGCUUCCGGAUGACUGAUUUGGAGGCUAUUCAAGAUCUCUGGCAGUGGAGGAAGUCUCUUUAA